CGCUCCGUGACGCUCGCCACCGGGCUACCGAGCCCGGAGGGGCAGGCAGGGACCUCCCGGUGCCCCGGAGCAUCGCUGGACUUGUCCUCUCCGCCCCUCCGAGGCCUGCUAACGGGUCCUGCUUCACCCCACGGGCUCACCCGCACCCGGCCCCGCAGCCCCGGUGCCGGUGCCGGUGCCUCCGCUCCUCCCCGCUCCGCCCCGGCCCGGCCCGCACGGGGGCGGCCGCGUUUUUUUUCCACCCCCCCCCCCUCUUCCACCUUUCCUCGCUGCCGCGGUGCUGCGGGACGCGCCGGGACCCGCAGCCGCUGCCCAGGUGGUGAAGGAAGCCCGAAGCCCAGGACGUUUUGAGCAGGAGGGCUGCCAUGCGAGGAUGUGCCUGCGCCCUCGCUGACCUUCCCACCGUCCCCGUCCCUGGCUUGUGUCCUGUGCAGCGUGAGGGCUGCAGCAAGGUGCUGCUCGGCUCGCCAUGGGAGGAUGCUUCUCCAAGCCCAAGCCAGUUGAAGUGAAAAUUGAGGUGGUGAUACCCGAGAAGGAGAGAAGCAAGGAGGAGAUGUCACCCAAUGGGAAAGCCAGCCCAUUGAUUUACAAGGUCAAUGGGACUGCCCGGCAUUAUCAUCUCGAGGAACACCCCAUUGCCAGCAAUCCUUACCACAACCCAAAGGAUGUGGUGGAAGCAUCUGUGUGCCAUGUGAAGGACCUGGAGAACGGACAGAUGCGUGAGGUGGACCUGGGCUGCGGGAAGGCGCUGCUGAUCAAGGAGAGCGGCGAGUUCUACGCCAUGGGACACAAAUGCCCUCACUAUGGGGCCCCGCUGGUUAAAGGGGUUUUGUCCAAAGGAAGAGUCCGCUGUCCCUGGCACGGAGCCUGCUUCAACAUCAGCACUGGUGACAUAGAGGACUUUCCUGGCUUGGACAGCUUGCCCAGGUUCCAGGUGAAGAUCGAAAAGGAGAAGGUGUACAUCCGAGCGAGCAAGCAGGCUCUUCAGACACAGAGGAGGACAAAGAUGAUGGCAAAGUGCAUCUCCUUGAGCAACUAUAACCUGAGCAGUACCAACGUGCUGAUCAUCGGUGCAGGUGCAGCUGGAUUAGUCUGUGCAGAGACCUUGCGCCAGGAGGGUUUCUCAGACAGGAUUGUAAUGUGCACAAUGGACAGACACUUGCCCUAUGAUAGACCAAAGCUCAGUAAGUCAAUGGAUUCCCACCCGGAGCAGAUAGCCCUGCGCCCCAAGGAAUUUUUCCGCACAUACGACAUUGAAGUCCUGACUGAAAUGCAGGUUGCAGCUGUGGAUAUCAAGAACAAGAUAGCUGUGUUCAAGGAUGGAUUUAAGAUGGAAUAUAACAAACUGCUGAUAGCAACUGGAAACACACCCAAAGCUCUCAGCUGUAAAGGCAAGGAAGUGGAAAAUGUUUUCAACAUCCGAACACCAGAAGAUGCAAACCGGGUGGUGAAACUGGCCACCAGCAAGAAUGUGGUUAUAGUGGGUGCCUCCUUCCUUGGGAUGGAGGUGGCCGCCUACCUUGCAGAGAGGGCCCACUCGGUGUCCCUGGUCGAGCUGGAGGAAGUCCCCUUCAAGAAGUUCUUUGGGGAGAGGGUUGGCCGCGCUGUCAUGAAGAUGUUCGAGAACCACAGGGUGAAGUUCUACAUGCAGACUGAGGUGUCGGAGCUGCGGGAGCAGGAGAACAAGUUGAAGGAGGUGGUGCUGAAGAGUGGGAAGGUCCUACGUGCAGACGUUUGUGUCGUUGGUAUAGGUGCAGUGCCAGCAACGGGAUUUCUCAAGCAGAGUGGCAUCAACAUCGACUCCAAAGGCUUCAUUGUGGUCAACAAGAUGAUGCAGACCAACAUCCCCGGAGUGUUUGCAGCUGGUGACACUGUGAUGUUCCCGCUGGCCUUGAGGAACAACAAGAAAGUGAACGUUCCUCACUGGCAGAUGGCCCAUAUGCAUGGCCGUAUAGCAGCACUGAACAUGCUGGCCCAUGGCACGGAGAUCAGCACCAUCCCCUACCUGUGGACUGCUAUGUUUGGGAAGAGCAUUCGAUAUGCAGGCCAUGGGGAAGGAUUUGAUGAUGUUGUGAUUCAAGGGGACUUAGAUGAACUGAAGUUCGUUGCAUUUUAUACCAAGUAAGUGUUUCUCUUCUCCGUGUCCCUACAUAGUCAUUUGUCUCAGCUUGUUCUGCUAG